UAAAUUCUAGUAACUAUUAUAUAUCAGCAAUCACAUAAAAAAGUUACAAAAAGAUUUAAAAUCAUGAGUAUCUAACUAGUUUUCAAUCAAGAUGUUUAAAGAAACUGGACAUUAAAAAUUACAAUCGGAUGUCUUACUUUUGUAGCCAGGUACUCUUUCAAUAAAUACUGCAAUAUGGGUGAAAGCGUGAACGAUAUCACAAACAAUAGUAAGAUUCUGAAGAGAAAGUAUCUUAGGAACAAAAAUAGGAAACGAAUUUAUAUUUUUUCAAAAAACAAGCCAGGCGGCAAAAUAAAACGUAUAUUGUUAGUUGGAUCAUCACAAACAAGAGUUAAUGAAACAGUAAAUAAUGAAUAUGAAUUAGAAAAUGUGCUCGACAUAGACUUAGUACCACGAGCAGUAGUUACCACUCCUCAACUUCAGCCGAUCAGAACGGACACGAAAAAUAGAAGUAAACUAGGAGUAACUACUGAUGAUCGAAGAGCUUUAUCACAAUGUUCUCUGGAAGUUCGUGGGAAUUCAUACCAUUACUAUCAAUCCAGAUAUAUUUCUCAUAAUAAUGCAAAUUUCAAAACUAAUUGUAAAGUAUACAGAUGUCAAAUCAGUACCAAUCAAGAGGCUUGUUGUUGCUCUUGUAAUUCUGAUGCCAUGUUUGAAGUGAUGAAAAGCUUAUACGAUUGCUAUAAGAAAAAAAAUUGUGAUAAUUGUAAUUGUAUUUUGUGCGGUCGUUGGCCAAGGGAAAAAAGAGGACCACCAGCAAGCCAUGAAAUAGAAACCGCCAGUAAAAAAAAGUUAUUGGAGAAGAAAAAGUUAAGCCAAGAAGCUAUAGAAAAAGGAGAAAGUAUGGUUUUACCAAAAAAAGAAAAAGCUGAAGUAGACAAAAUGUCGCCUGAGACUAAAGACCAAGUAGUAAAAGCAUUGUCACCAAAAGAAGCUUCAGUUUCUACUGAAAGGGUUAAAGAAAAAUCUCCUGAUCUUUUAAGGAUAUUAGAAACCACGCCCCAAGACCAAAAAGAAAAAAUUAUACGAGAUGCAGUAUUAAAAGGAGCACCAAUUCCAGAAGCCAAAACAACGACAGAAAAGAAAAUUAUAGAUAAAAUUCAAAAAGAUGUUGGCUUACCACCAAAACCAAAAUCGUCGUCAGAAAAAGCAAGAUAUGAAAAGGCUUUGAAUAAAGGAUUAAUAACACCUUUACAAGGGAAAACAGCUUUACAGAAAGAAAAAAUACUUCGGGGUCAAGCUAACUUAGGCUUGAAAUUACCAGAAGGCCGAACAUCAUCUGAAAAAGCUUUGAUUAGUAAAGUUCAAACUGAAGCUAAAGCUACAAAAAAAAUUAAACAACUAGAAAAAGAAACCGCAAAAUCAAUUAAAGAAAGUAAAGGUCCUAGUGAUGAAUGUUUAUGUGGCUUAAUGACUCCGACGGUCGAUGUUUCUGCUCAAAAGAUUGAAAGUGCUCAUAAGAUAAUAAAAGAUAAAGAACUGGGUAGAAUUUCCCUAUUACAAGGGAAAACAAAAUCUCAAAAAGAAAAGGUUUUGAAAGGAUUAGCUUUACAGGGAAGUCCACUUCCUGAAGGAAAGACUUCAUCGGAAAAAGAGAUCUUGGAUAAUAUAAGAGCAACUUUAGGAUUACCCCCUGCUCCUAAGACUCCUGCUUUAAGACAAAAGUAUAAAGAAGCGACAGCUGCAGGUGUCAUUAUUCCUUUAGAAGGUAAAACUGCAAAACAAAAAGAAAAAAUCCUUCGAGAACAAGCUGCACUUGGUAUACCUCUACCGGAUGGUCGUACUGCCUCUGAAAAGUCUAUGGUUGCAAAAAUUAAAGCUAUAGCUCCACCAUUAUCAGACAUUCCAGUUUCAUCAAAAAUAUUAAAAAAAGCUAAAGACACCGGUCUGUUAACACCAUUAAAAGGUAAGCCACGUGAAGAAAAAGAAAAAAUUUUGACUGGCUUAGCGAUGCACGGAGUACCAUUACCAGAAGCAAGAACAGCAUCUGAAAGAAAAAUUGUUGGUAAAAUUCAUGCUGACUUAGGCUUGCCUCCACCACCAAUGUCAUCUGAAGCAAAAUCAAAAUAUCAAAAAGCUUACACUGAUGGGUUAAUAAUACCAUUAGAAGGUAAAACAGUAAGUCAAAAGGAAAAAAUUCUCAAAAAUCAAGCUAAUGUUGGUUUAGACUUGCCAGUAGGAAGAACACCGUCUGAAAAAGUUCUUAUAGAAAAAGUGAAGGAAAAAGUCAAAGAAUUUGCACCAAUACAAAAAUUAAAAGGAAAGUCACCGAAAGAAAAAGAGAAAAUACUAAAAGGUUUAGCUAUGAACGGCAUCCUUCUUCCAGAAGCAAAGUCUCCUUCAGAAAAAAAACUGAUUGACAAAGUUCGCGACGAUCUGGGCUUACCACCAGAACCAACCAGUGAUUCCGAAAAAAGAGCUUACAAACAAUCUAUUGCUACAGGUGAUAUUGCACCUUUAGAAGGUAAAUCACAAAUGCAAAAGGAAAAAAUUUUACGAAAUGUUGCUAAACUGGGUUUAAAAAUGCCUACUGGCCGUACUCCAUCUGAACAAGCUUUAGUCUCUAAGGUCCUUGCAGCUAAAUCGACCAUGCCUCUUUUAAAGUCCCCGACAGUUGAGAUGGAAAGGAAGGUUAAAAAGAGUAUGUUAAUGGCACGACUUGAAGGAAAACCUCCUGACCAUAAGGAAAAAAUUCUCAAAGAAUUGGCCAUUCGUGGUAUACCUCUGCCAGAAGCAAGGACAGCUUCAGAACAGAAAUUGAUAGACAAGGUACGAAAAGAUGUUACCUAUCCACCCACCAAAGCUACAAUUGGCUUACCAGAAGGUCAACAGGUUACUUCUGAAAUAUCAGAAGUACGGUUACCAUCUCAAGUUGUAAGAAAAGCUAAAGCUGCUGGUUUAAUGACACCAUUAAAAGGCAAGAAAAAAGAACAAAAGGAAAAUAUUCUAAAAGGCUUGGCAAUGAAUGGCAUUCCACUGCCACAAGCCAAAACACCAUCAGAGCAAAAAAUAAUUGACAAAGUACAAAAACAAUUAGGCCUUCCACCAGCACCUGAAACACCUUCUGAGAAAAAAUUGUACACAAAAGCAAUAAUAUCUGGGAAAAUUGCACCUUUGGAAGGAAAAACUGCUUCACAGAAAGAAGACAUAGUAAAAAAUCAGUUAAGGAUGGGACUAGAUGUUCCUGUAGGUCGCACGCCUUCUGAGAAAGCCAUCAUAGAAAAAGCAAUACAAUCUGAAAUACGAGUUCCAUCACACAUAUUAAAGAAGGCUAAAGAUGGCGGUUUGCUAACGCCCUUAAAGGGAAAACAGAAAAAAGAAAAAGAGUCAAUCUUAAAGGGACUGGCUAUGAAUGGCAUCCCGCUUCCAGAAGCAAAAACAUCAUCAGAAAAUAAAAUUAUUGAAAAAGUUCGUGAGGACUUAGGACUUCCUCCUGAACCUGCUACACCAACUGAAAAGGCAAAAUAUAAAAAAGCUAUAAUUUCAGGGCGCAUAGCACCGCUAGAGGGUAAAAAUAAUUCUGAAAAAGAAGAAAUUUUAAAAAAUAUCAUGAAGACGGGAUUAAAAUUACCUAAGGGUCGAACGUCGUCUGAAAAAUCUUUGAUAAAUAAAGCGAAAAAAAGUGCCCCAGCAAAGAAGCCGAGAACUGUUUCAGCUGAGAAACUAAAAAAAGCAAUUGAUUCUAGCAUGGUUGUACCAUUAGAAGGUAAAACUAAAGAAGAGAAAGAAAAAAUUCUUACAGACUUGGCGAUGCGAAAUAUCCCACUUCCAAAAGCUAAGACUGCUUCUGAUAAAAAAAUCAUACAAAAAGUUCAAGCAGAUCUGGGACUACCACCUCAACCUAAAACGUCGUUCGAAAGGCAACAAUAUAAUAAAGCUUUGGCACAAGGUUACAUUGCACCUUUAGAAGGAAAAACGGAUGAACAGAAAGAAAAGCUACUUCGCAAUCAAGCAGCAAUGGGACUGACAUUACCAAAAGGUCGCACAACUUCGGAAAAAGCUUUGAUAACUAAAAUUAAAACCUCAGCACCGAAAGUGCCAAAAAGUCGUGAAAAAAUAGAUCAGUUACAAAAGAAAUCGGAAAAACUCAUGAAAGAGGCCAAAGGACCUAGCGAUGAGUGCAUUUGCGGUAUUAUCUCUCCUGGUGUCCCAUUAGAAACAUCACCAAAAGAAACCAAAGGUGAAUUUCAGAUACGUUUGCCAUCACAAGUAUUUAAAAAAGCAAAAGAGGCUGGAUUACUGACCCCUUUGGAAGGUAAAAAUAGACAACAGAAGGAAAAGAUUUUCAAAGGUUUAGCUAUGAAUAAUAUUCCACUUCCAGAAGCCAAGACCCCAUCAGAAAAUAGAAUAAUACAAAAAGUCCGAACAAACCUCGGUCUUCCUCCACCACCUGACAUACAUACUGAAAGAGAAAAAUAUAAUAAAGCUAUAAUUUCUGGUCAAAUUGCACCUCUGGAGGGUAAAACUUCUUCCGAGAAGGAAAAUAUUAUAAAAAAUCAAAUAAAAAUGGGUCUAAAUGUGCCUAAUGGUCGUACCCCCUCCGAAAAAGCUUUAAUAGAUAAAGUAAAAAAGACCACACAAUCAAUUCCUAAAUCAAAAAGUUUAAUGGUGCCCCUAGAAGGUAAAACGAAUGAAGAGAAAGAAAAUAUUUUAAAAGAUCUUGCCUUGCGUGGGAUUCCUUUGCCUAAAGCUAAGACUGCAUCUGAUAAAAAAAUUGUAAAAAAAGUUAUAACUGAUGUUGGAUUGCCUCCUCCACCUAAAACGUCAUUUGAAAAGGAAAAAUAUGACAAGGCAUUUGCACAAGGCUAUAUUGCACCUUUAGAAGGAAAGACUGCCGAACAAAAAGAAAAACUUCUUCGUAAUCAAGCGGCAAUGGGACUCACUCUACCAAAAGGUCGCACGUCUUCCGAAAAAGCUUUAAUAGCUAAAAUUAAAAAGACUGCACCGAGAUUGCCCAAAAGUCAAGAACAAUUAGAUAAACUGAAAAAGGUAUCGGCAAAAGGUAUGAAAGAAGCAAAAGGGCCAAGUGACGAGUGUAUUUGUAGUAUAGUAUCUUCGGAAAUUUCAACGGAAAAAAUUUCAACAGAAGUCGAUAAGACUCAAUCCGAAGUACGUGUACCUCCAGAGGUAUUAAAAAAAGCAAAAGAUGCAGGUUUACUAACACCAUUGAAAGGCAAAAAGAAAGAGCAAAAGGAAGCUAUUUUAAGAGGCUUGGCCAUGAAUAAUAUUCCACUUCCAGAAGCCACAUCUUCAUCCGACUAUAAAAUAUUAAAAAAAGUGCAAGAAGAUUUGGGUCUUCCACCUGCUCCCGAAUCUCCGUCAGAAAGGCAAAAGUAUAAGAAAGCUAUUAUAUCUGGUAAAAUUGCGCCGAUGGAAGGAAAAACCACUUCUCAAAAAGAGGACAUUCUACGUAAUCAAAUAGUAAUGGGAUUAGAUUUACCUAAGGGGCGCACAUCAUCUGAAAAAUCUUUAAUAGACAAGGUUAAAAAAGAUCCAAGAGCAGCAUUACCAUCGCAGAUAUUAAAAAAAGCUAAGGCUGCCGGAUUAUUGACACCACUGGAAGGUAAGAAAAAAGAACAGAAGGAAAAAAUUUUAAAAGGAUUGGCAAUGAAUAAUAUACCACUUCCUGAAGCUAAAACAGCAUCAGAAAAUGAAAUAAUUGAAAAAGUCCGAAAAGACCUAGCAAUUCCCCCAGCCCCAAAGUCUCCCGCUGACAAGGACAAAUACAAUAAAGCUAUAAUUACCGGACGAAUUGCACCUUUAGAAGGAAAAACUCGAUCUCAAAAAGAAGAUAUUAUUAAAAAUCAGAUUGAAAUGGGAUUUCAUUUACCUAAGGGCCGUACGUCUUCUGAGAAAUCAUUAAUAGAAAAAGUAAAAAAACUUCCAGAAAUUUCUUUACUAACAACUCGUACUCCAUCUGAAAAAACGAUAGAGAAGGUUACGUCUCAAGUGCGUGUACCAAGUGAGGUGAUGAAAAAAGCUAAGGAUGCUGGAUUACUAACGCCAUUAAAAGGCAAAAAGAAGAAACAGAAAGAAGCUAUAUUGAAAGGGCUGGCCUUGAAUAAUAUUCCACUUCCUGAAGCCAAAACACCUUCUGAAAACAAAAUAAUAAUGAAAGUACGAGAAGACUUAGGACUUCCUCCAGUGCCUAAGUCUAUUGCAGAAAAAGAUAAAUACAAUAAAGCAAUAAUUACUGGACACAUUGGUCCUUUAGAAGGUAAAACUAGAUCUCAAAAAGAAGAAAUUCUAAAAAAUCAGAUCAAUAUGGGAUUAAGUUUGCCUAAGGGACGCACAUCUUCAGAAAAAUCUUUAAUUGCUAAAAUUAAAAAACUAUCAGAAGUGGCUCCACCAACCAAGGAACCUAAAGGUGCUUUGUCUGAAAAAUCUAUUAUAGACAGACCUACAUCAGAAGUACACAUACCAUCAAAAAUAAUGAAGAAAGCUAAGGACGCUGGAUUACUUACACCAUUAAAAGGUAAAAAGAAAAAACAAAAAGAAGCUAUUUUAAAAGGUUUGGUUAUGAAUGGUAUUCCUCUUCCUGAAGCAAAAACAUCAUCGGAAAAAAAGCUAUUAGAUAGAAUUCGUUUGGACAUAGGUCUUCCACCGGAACCAGAUUCACCAGAAGAAAAGAUUAAAUACAAAAAAGCUAUAGUUGCUGGAAAAAUUGGACCAUUGGAAGGUAAAACACCUUCUCAGAAAGAAGCUAUUGUUAGGAAUCAAUUAAAAAUGGGAUUAGUUUUACCCAAAGGCCGUACAUCAUCAGAAAAAUAUUUAAUAGACAAAGUAAAGGUUGAAUCUGAAGUACGUCUACCAUCUAAACAGUUGAGAAAAGCUAAAGCAGCUGGCUUAUUGACACCACUAGAGGGUAAAAGUAAGGAACAAAAAGAAUCUAUUUUUAAAGGCUUGGCUAUGAAUAACAUCCCGCUUCCAGAAGCCAAAUCUCCAUCAGAAAAUAAAAUGUUAGAAAAAGUUAGAGAUGAAAUAGGGCUUCCCCCAGCACCAACGUUGCCUGCCGAAAAAGAGAAAUAUAAUAAAGCCAUAACAUCUGGCCACAUUGCACCUUUAGAAGGAAAAACGGCAUCACAAAAGGAAAAGAUUAUUCGAAAUCAGUUAAAAUUAGGUUUAAACGUACCCAAAGGUCGCACAGCAUCGGAGAAGUUAUUAAUAGAUAAAGUUAAAAAAUCUUCUCCAAAGGUCUCAAAAACUGCGGUGUCUCCCAUUAAAUCGCUUGAAGGAAAGACAAAAGAAGAAAAAGUAAAAAUUAUAAAGGAUCUAGCAAUGCGCGAAAUUCCUUUGCCAGAUGCUAGAACGGGGUCUGAAAAAAAAAUCAUUGAAAAAGUUCAAGCUGAUAUAGGAUUACCGCCUCAGCCAAAAACAUCACUUGAAAAAAUACAAUAUGAUAAAGCUGCAGCAAAAGGUUAUAUCACACCUUUAGAAGGAAAAUCGUCUGAACAGAAAGAAAAUAUUCUUCGGAAACAAGCAGCAAUGGGAAUAAGAUUACCAAAAGGGCGGACGUCAUCUGAAAAAGCGUUAAUAGCUAGAAUUAAAACCUCAACGCCAAAAACUGUAAAAGAAAGAGGGAAAAUUGAAAAAUUACAAAAGGUCUCUGCAAAAAAAAUUAAAGAGUCGAAAGGUCCUGUUGACGACUGUAUUUGUGACGUCGUUUCUACAGUUUUUGAAAAAGGUACUGAUGAUGUUAUGAAACCUAGAAGUAUUUUGUCUGAACAAAUAAAAGAAGCUGAAGCAGCAGGUUAUUUUAAGCCAUUAGAAGGAAAACCAAACCACGAGAAAGAAGGAAUUCUUAGAAAUUUGGCAAUGCAAGGAAUCGCACUUCCUAAAGCAAAGAAUACAUCAGAAAAGAAAAUCAUUGAUAAAGUUCGUUACGACUUAGGUUUACCAUCAGAACCAACGAGUGAGAAAGAAAAGCAAAGGUAUGACAAAGCAUUGACAAAAGGUUAUCUCGUGCCUUUAGAAGGAAAAUCAAAAUCACAAAAAGAGAAAAUAUUACGUAAUCAGGCUGGCUUGGGACUAAAUUUGCCCAAAGGUAGAACGCCAUCUGAGGUUGCAUUAAUAGAAAAAGUUAAAACGUCGACAAAGAAGGCUAGCAAAAUAUCCCUUAUCUCUGAAAUUAGAAAAGGUAUGGAUGCUAAAUACGGAAUUACUGAAAGCAUUCAAGAAGUUACGAAAACAACAACUUGUGACAAAGAAUGUGGAUGUGAUUUAAAAAAAGUUAAGUUCAAGCACAGUUACGUUAAAAUAAGAAUCACAUCUCCUGAUAUGUCAUCUAUUUGUCCAUGCCCCGAAGAAUGUUUUCCAGGUGUUAAAGGAGGUGUAUUUACUGAUAACGAAGGUAUAAAAAUAACAGUCGGGAGAGUAUCGGAAAUAUCUGGAUUCCUUCAAAACAACCAAUUAAAAAAUUUUAAAAAAAUUUCUACGAUGACGCUUAAUACAUUUGUAAACGACGAGAAAGUUGAGCGCAAGAUUACGAGAUCCGAAAGCUAUUUAAUGAAAUUUAGAAAAAAUGAAUUCAAAUUAUGUUCUUUCCCCCCUCAAAUUAUUUCUAAUACAAGUCGCAAGAUAAAUGAAUCUGAAGAUGCAUUUAACAGUGUCUUAAGAAACUAUAGUUCUACAAUAAGCACAAGUUUGAGUUCUAGAUUUUUCGAAAUUGACUCGAGUUUGAGUUUUGUGACACCAAAUUCUGAUAGUAACAAGUCCUUGGAUGUAUUACACCAAUGUGAUCGAUAUUUUGGGGAUGAUGUAGUCGAUAAAGAUAAUAAAUCCGAAAGUGAAAUAAAUCUCGAAAGAAGCAGUUUGGAUUCCCUUAACACGCUCAGUGACAUUUAUAAAAAAUCUUCGGCAAUUUUCUUCAAUUCCGAGGUUUUAGUGGAAAAUCUUAGCCAAUAUUUAUACGCUAUGAAAUCAACCCGAUCGGACUUUCAAGACUAUGAGAAUUUUGCUCGUGAAAACGCUAACUUUGAAAACGUGAAGGAAAAUGAUUUAGAGGAUUUAUUGAAACAAAUAAUUGCCAAAGAAUUAACGUCGAGGUCAUCUUCAUUUAUUGUUAUCGUACCAACUUCUUCGGAGGAAAUAUCUGAUUGUUAUUCACGGAACAAUCUGGGUUCGUCUAUUUGUAUACAAGUUUCAAAAAACUGUUGUUAUCGCGACAAGCCGAGGAGGAAGGGUUGUGCACCGAUUAAGAAAAUUGAAUUUAAAUUGUCAAACGAAGAUGUGUCACUACGACCUUGUUCGUUCGUCCCUGGUAAACAUUCGACGAGGGUUUCAGAACAAUCGGCCACUCAAGAAAAGAAGAAAUCUCGUGUGAUAAGCACAGACACAACACAGGAUCGACCGUGUUGUUGUGAUCGUAAUAAUGUAUCGCAAGGGCGCGGCAAGGAUUACUCCCCUCCAUCUAAGCCUUGUGUUGGUAAGUCGACGCCUUCAGCCAUGAGUUGUACGCAACUAAUGGACGUUUUGAAGAAAACCAUGUCAGUCGCAUGCGGUCCCGGCGAACUCUCUGAGCCCGUUAAACAAAAAUGUCAGCGAGCUAUCCACUGCAAACCAAAAGUAAAACAACAGCGUACAGAUCAUCCGUGUGGCUGCUGUACUUCGAGCAUCGAGCUGAGCCGCUACGAGGUCUGCGUCGACGUCGACUCCAAGAAGAGUGCGCCGCGCGACACGAAGCCACCACUUUCCGCGAAGAAGAGCAUCAUAUGCCAGUGUCCCGACGAGGCGGUGGCGAUGGACUGCGAGAAAUACCUGAAGCAGGUCCAAUCGGACAUGACGCGACGCACCUCCGGCUUUAAGGUGAGCGUCGAGCCGCGGAUGAGCUUCGAAGACGUCCUCAAGUAUUACGCUCAUCAGAUCCAAAGCGAUAGCGAUUGCGACUGCUCCAAGCGAAAGAGCUGCGAAUGUCCCGCCACAGAGAAACCUUUCAAUGGUCUGAAACUACACGUGGAAGGAAAAGGUUCCGCUGCCAAGCGGUUUCUGUGUUUCGAAUUACUGGAUUGUUCUACUCCCUACCAGAAUUUCAAGAUAGACUCAAAUUCUAUGUUAGUUAAAAUUGAUCACGACACGUGAUUUCUGUGACGGUUACCUACUCAAGUUUUUACAAUAUGCACCUACUUACUUUGACAUUUCAUUUUAUAUACUCACAUAUUUCUUUACUUAAUGUAAUCACCUUUAUCUAGAUCCUUUUUGUGUCUGUAUGUUUAAUAAAUAAAAGACAAUUUUUUUUU